GUUGGAGAGGGAGGGCACCUUGUGGGUGACACCCCAAAACUAAGGCACAUGCAGCUUCCAACCCAUCAGAAACUGCAAGAGCCCUGAAUCUGCUCAUUUCUUUGCCAAACUCAAAAAAAUGGAUAUAAAACGGCUCUUUAAUCAUGGAUAGCCCUGGGGCACAACUCCCUCCACCCUGGCCACCGGCUCUUCUGGCAGGAGCCAAGAUGAACUGGAAUCCACCAGGGAGCCCGGAGGCUUCCUUCUGAGUGCAGGAUCCGCAGCUGCUGGGAUGCGGGAAUCGAGGCGCUCUCCCUGCCUCGACGGGUGUCUGCGAGGCGGGGGCUGCAGGUCCCCUCUCCGCCACGGCGCUCUUUCGGCGCUAAACCGCCCGUGCGCCUCGGAAGCGAAGCCGCAGCUCCCUCCGCCUGUCCCUCCCUCGAGCAGCUUCCUCUUCCCCUUCCGGAGCGCGGCGCGCCAGCAGCCAAAGAAGCCAUGCCGCUGGACCACCGCCGGGUGCCGGGGCCGGAGGAGUCCCAGACGCCGCUGCUCUUCGCGCCCGUCGAGGCCCCGGAGGUUCCACCCCGCGACCCGUCGGCGCUGCAGCCGCUCUUCGCCCGCGCGGGGCUGCUGAGCCAGGCCAAGGGCUCGGCCUACGUGGAGCUCCACGGCGGCACCAAAGUGCUGUGCUCCGUGGCCGGGCCGCGCGAAGCCGGCGGCGGCGCGGGCGCUGCGGCUCCGGGCGAGCCCCGCGGGCGGCUGGUGUGCGAGUUCCGACGGGCGCCCUUCUCGGGGCGCGGAGCGCGCAUCCGCCCCAGCGAGCGGGAGCCCGAGCUGGCGCUGGCGCUGCAGGAGGCACUGGAGCCGGCCGUGCGCCUGGCGCGCUACCCACGGGCACAGCUGGAGGUGAGCGCGCUGCUGCUGCAGGACGGCGGCUCGGCGCUGGCGGCCGCGCUGUGCGCCGCGGGGCUGGCCCUGGCCGACGCCGGAGUGGAGCUCUACGACCUGGUGGCGGCGUGCGCGCUGUGCCGGGCGCCGGGCGGAGAGUGGCGCCUGCAGCCCAGCGAGCCCGAGGAGCGCGCCGCCGACGCCCGCCUCACCGUGGCGCUCCUGCCCUCGCUCAACCAGGUGGCCGGGCUGCUGGGCAGCGGCGAGGGAGGGCCCCCCGACAGCUGGGCGCAAGCCGUGCGCCUCGGCCUCGACGGAUGCCAGCGCCUCUACCCGCUGCUCCGACAGAGCCUCCUGCGUGCUGCCAAGCGCCGACCCACGCCAGGCACCCAAGCGCCGACCGACACAGACACGGCCCAGCUUCCCGCCGCCACCGCCUGAACUCCGGGAACUUCUCGGGCAGCGCCUCGCCGGACUCCUCUUCCGAUGUCUCUUUGGGCUUCGGCUGCAUCGUGGUUUUGGAUCCGGGAUCUGAGCGUGGUUUACCCGCCCUAGGUGAAGUUGCCUGGCCUCCUCCUUGGCGAGGAACCGCAACCACUAUGGGCCCAGUCGCGGUACAGGGAAGGUGAGCCGACCCCUUU